AUGACGACAAAACGACGAUUAAAACGUUAUAUACCAAAUUUAAGUGAACUUGAAUAUGAUUUACAAUGUGAAUGGGGUGCAGAAUGUUGUGUUCGAUUAAAUGAUCUUAAAGAAUUUUAUCGACAUUUGGAUGAACAUCUUUCUAAUUAUAUUAAUCAAUAUCAACAAGUGCCAAAUUUAACAUGUCAAUGGCGUAAUUGUGGUCAUGUAGAAGAAUUUGAUAUAUCAUCAUUUAUUCGACAUGUACAAUUUCAUGGUUUUCAUACGAAACUAAAAUAUCUUGGAAUGAAAACAUGUGAACAUAAUCAUCCUAAUAUUCCUCCAUGUCAAAAAUCAAGUGAAAAUCGAAAUAUUAUUCCUGAUCUACCUGUAGAAUUUCGUUGUUCAUGGGGAGAUUGUCAGUUUACUAAUAGUCAUGCACAACUUUUCUAUGAACAUGUUAAUCAACAUGCUGGCUCUGAUGUCUGUCUUUGGAUAGGUAAAAUUUCAAAAAUUUUUCUUUGUUUUUUUCCUAUGUACGUCAACAAUGAUAAUAGGAGGUUUUAUUGACGUUCAUCAAAAUCCAUCAUUCAUAGACCAAAAAAAACAAAAUAAUCAUAAUUGAUUUAGAUUAAGGGAGACCAAAAAAAAGAAAGCACCGUGCACGAUCCGAUCACUUAACGACUACCGGUGAUUGAACCAUGAAGGUUGUUGAUGGUUU